CUCAAAUUCGCGCGAAAAAUAUUCUCGCCGAAUGUUGGAUUGAAACUUCACGGUUGCCACGUCAUCGACCACCUAUUCUUCCACCGCAUAAGUGCCCUCAACGCCGUCUACAAACGGCAGAACGCCUCAAUCUCUCUCUCGUCCUGUUUCUUUCUCUCUCUCACACACAUCGAUUUGGCGGUCGGAAAUCCGACCGGCUUAACGUUCUCCGGCAAGGUUGAGAGCUUCAAAGAAUGGAUAGCACAAUCAUCUGAAGGAAGACUGCGUGAGGUCCAUCUAGUGCAGGCCACCUCUGGAUUUUCCGGCGGGAGCUAAGGGCUGCUUGGUUGCUUGCUCAACUUUCCUCAGGCCAAAAGAUUUCCCGUGAUAAAAGAGUUCCAGCAACGUGGAACACUUGCUCGAGGAGCAGCCGUAGCAGGAUUACUUCUUCCGAUCAAAUUCCGGUGGUUAGUCAAAUCGCCGUUGUCUUUCUGGAGCAUUUAUACUUCCUGUCUCGAUAUCCACACCGGGGAGUGGAGUUGAUCGAGAAGCUUUUGUGCAGCGUUUCCGAGCAAAUUCCGGCGAAUCUUCCAUUCCGCCACCGGUUUAUAAUAUUAAAAUCGUGCUUCGCGUAAUGCUAACCGGUGAGUGGUUCCUCGUCCCACAGGAAUUCUAGAUUUUACUUGUGCCCGGCAGAUUUUUCAUAAAUGAGUUCUGCAUCCUUCCUGCUCUUUUGCUUUUCCUAUGUCUUAUCUAUUUCCUGUGCCGGAGUUUAUUAAAUUCCUUAACUACCUUGUUGUAUAGUUUGUUGACCCAACCGGCCAAUCCUUGUGCAAGCUUCCGGCACUUCAGCGUCCCUUUCGAUACAAGUUCACUCAAAUUCUCACAAUACUCUGGUGCUCCGAAGCCGAAUUUAACGAAGUAUAUCCUUAUCGUGAAAGCAUUUCCCUCGAUCAAAACCUUGACCUCCCGUUGUCGUCCUCAGGAUUUCGGUCGAAGUUUCACUGCAAAAAGCGGUUCAUCUACUGAAACCGAAAGCUCUGUUAGUCCUGCCCGGAAUCUUCCUCUCUCUUCUUCAUUUCUUCCGCUUUCAGAAGCCCUAGCUCCUCUAGAAGUAUCUAUCGCGAGAAAAUAACGGAUUUCAGCUUCUUAUUAACGAAUUCCGGCACUCAUCCUGUCAAAAAUUCCCUUUGGAAGAAACAGGGGCAAGUACGAUAUUGAUCAACCGAUGAGAAUCACCGACCGGAAUGCGGCGAUUCGGUGAUUGCAUCCCGGCGAGAUCGACCACUCAAUAGUUGCGGUCUUCAGAGUCGAACUUUGAGAUUGAUCCUCGGAAGAAGGAACUGCAUCAGUUUCCGGCGACCGCGUCCUCUAGUUCCGGUGAGCGCAAGCCUUCGGACAAAGAUGGAUAUGGAGUCCGGAUCUCCCCAAAGAUGCACCGGCCCGUUCAACUUUCUGAAAAAAUACAGGAGUACGCUCAUAUUGGCUUACCAGAGCUUUGGUGUGGUUUAUGGAGACCUCAGCACCUCUCCUCUCUACGUCUACAAGAGCACAUUUUCUGGAAGAUUGCGCCUUCAUGAGGACGAUGAAGAGAUAUUCGGAGUUCUUUCCCUCAUUUUUUGGACAUUGACACUCAUCCCUCUCCUCAAGUACAUCAUUCUUGUUCUCCGAGCAGAUGACAAUGGUGAAGGCGGUACGUUUGCUCUGUACUCUCUUCUCAGCCGCCACUCAAGGCUCAGCCUUCUGAACACUCCCCAGGAAGCGGCCGAGCAUCUAUCGGCUUACAGCAGCGAGGGUUCGGGAAAGGACACCAAGACCAGUGCUUUGCUGAAAGAGUUCUUGGAGAAGAGCCGGACUUCUCGAGUAGUUCUGCUUCUGGUCGUGAUGCUGGGCACCAGCAUGGUCAUCGGUGAUGGAGUCCUUACGCCAACAAUGUCUGUCCUUGCUGCAAUCUCCGGUGUGAAGGUGAAGGUGCCUAAUCUCCACGAGAACCACACGGUGUUCUUGGCGUGUAUUGUGCUGGUGGGGUUGUUCGCUCUUCAACACUACGGGACGCACCGCGUGGGCUUUAUGUUCGCGCCCAUCUUGAUUGCCUGGCUGUUGUGCAUCGGUUCUGUUGGCAUGUACAACAUAUUCCGCUGGAACCCGCAUAUUGUCCGCGCCUUGUCGCCAUACUACAUUUGGGAUCUGUUCAAGAAGCCCGGCAGGGAUGGAUGGAGGUCCCUCGGGGGAAUCGUCAUGUGCAUCACAGGUGCUGAGGCCAUGUUUGCAGACCUAGGGCAUUUUUCCCAGCUUUCAAUAAGGAUAGCAUUUGUAGGAGUUGUCUACCCCUGCCUGGUCUUAGCGUAUAUGGGAGAAGCUGCUUAUCUGUCAAAGCACAAGGCCGAUCUUCAAGCAAGCUUCUUCAGGUCCAUUCCAGAAGCUGUUUUCUGGCCCGUACUUGUCGUAGCUACGUUGGCUACCGUUGUGGCGAGCCAAGCCAUAAUAUCGGCCACCUUCUCGUUGAUUAAUCAAUGCACCUCUCUCAAGUGCUUCCCGCGAGUGAAGGUGAUCCACACGUCCAACCAAAUCCAUGGUCAGAUUUACAUCCCAGAGAUCAACUGGUUACUCAUGUGCUUGUGCUUGGCUGUGGUCGUCGGGUUCAGGAGAACAGACCUGAUCGGGAAUGCCUACGGGCUUGCUGUGAUCACCGUCAUGUUUGUGACAACAUGCAUAAUGUCCCUUGUGAUUCUCAUCGUGUGGAAGAGGACAGUUCUUGAAGCCCUUGCUUUUGUACUCGUCUUUGGCUCUCUUGAGCUCCUCUACCUCUCGGCCUGCCUCAUCAAGGUGCCCAAGGGAGGAUGGCUGCCCCUCCUCCUCUCCCUCGCUUUCACGUCCAUCAUGUGCACCUGGUACUACGGCAGCACCAAGAAGCAAGAGUUCGAGCUCCAGAACAAGGUGUCCCUGGAUCAGCUACUGAGCAUGGGCCCAGGCCUCGGCAUGGUGAGGGUCCCCGGAAUAUGCUUCAUAUACUCCGACAUCGUCGCCGGCAUCCCCCCAACUUUCGCCCACUUCGUCACCAACUUCCCGGCAUUCCACCAGGUCCUCGUCUUCGUCAGCAUCAAGUCGGUCGAGGUGCCGCGGAUCCCGCCGGCAGAGCGCUUCCUUAUCGGCCGGAUCGGCCCGAAGCAGUACUGGAUAUUCAGGUGUAUUGUGCGGUAUGGCUACAAGGACGUUCACAAGGACAGCUUCGAGUUUGAGGACAGGCUGGUAUCGAAGCUCGCUGAGUUCCUGCAGCAUGAAGAUGAUCAUGAGGAGUGGGGUGGGAGGCUGUGCGUCGUGGGGACUCCUUCCAACACUGUCGCUACUGCGGUGGAGAGAAGGCGAAGGGUCAGGUUCCUGCCACCAGGGGAGGAGUGUGGGAUGAGGGACGAGGUGAGGGAAUUCCUGGAAUUCAGGGAAGCAGGGGUGGCCUACAUCAUGGGCCACACUUAUGUGAAGGCGAUGGAAUCGUCCUCGGCCAUCAAGAAGCUUCUUGUUAACCACGUGUACGGGUUUCUCAGGCGAAACUGCCGAGGACCGGCGGUGGCCCUUGGGAUACCCCACACCUCCUUGAUCGAAGUAGGCAUGGUGUACCAUGUCUGAAGACAGAAGACUAAAGUUAAAGGGGAAUGUCCCCGUAAAUACAUAGUUAGAGAAGAAGGAAUAUAGGAGAAAACAGGGCUGGUGAUGACAGGGCCGGUGAUGUUCAUAAGAAGAUGAAACCAUGUAAUGUAAAUUUUGUAGCCACAGGUUUCACAAUAUACGAAAUAAAUCUUAAGUUUUACA